CCAUUGCUGGGGCUCCGCCGCGGGGAGGAGGACGCUGAGGAGGCGCCGAGCAGCGCAACGCUGCGGGGGAGGCGCCCGCGCCGAAGCGGGGCUCAUGGCCAGGACCACCAGCCAGCUGUAUGAUGCUGUUCCCAUUCAAUCCAGUGUGGUGCUAUGUUCCUGCCCAUCCCCAUCAAUGGUGAGGUCCCAGACUGAGUCCAGUUCGGCCCCUGGCAUGCCUAGUGGUGUUACCAGGCAGGGACCCACCAUGGAUGGCACCACAGCCGAAGCCCGACCAAGUACCAACCCCUUGCAGCAGCACCCUGCCCAGCUGCCACCACAGCCUCGCAAGAAGCGGCCUGAAGACUUCAAGUUUGGGAAAAUCCUUGGCGAGGGCUCUUUUUCGACAGUUGUUCUGGCCCGAGAACUGGCCACUUCCAGAGAAUAUGCUAUUAAAAUUCUGGAGAAACGGCAUAUUAUAAAAGAGAACAAAGUCCCUUACGUAACUAGAGAGAGAGAUGUGAUGUCACGCCUGGAUCACCCAUUCUUUGUGAAACUUUACUUUACAUUUCAGGACGACGAAAAGUUGUAUUUUGGCCUUAGUUAUGCCAAAAAUGGAGAGUUACUUAAAUACAUCCGCAAAAUUGGUUCAUUUGAUGAAACCUGUACCCGCUUUUACACGGCUGAGAUUGUGUCUGCUUUAGAGUACUUGCACGGAAAGGGCAUCAUUCACAGAGACCUUAAACCAGAAAACAUUUUGUUAAAUGAAGACAUGCACAUCCAGAUCACAGAUUUUGGAACAGCAAAAGUGUUAUCCCCAGAGAGCAAACAAGCUAGGGCCAACUCAUUUGUAGGAACAGCACAGUAUGUUUCUCCAGAGCUGCUCACAGAGAAGUCGGCGUGUAAGAGUUCAGACCUUUGGGCUCUUGGAUGUAUAAUCUAUCAGCUUGUGGCAGGACUUCCACCGUUCAGAGCCGGAAAUGAAUAUCUUAUAUUUCAGAAGAUUAUUAAGCUGGAAUAUGAUUUCCCAGAGAAAUUCUUUCCUAAGGCAAGAGAUCUUGUGGAAAAACUCUUGGUUUUAGAUGCCACAAAGCGUUUAGGCUGUGAAGAGAUGGAAGGGUACGAGCCUCUCAAAGCUCAUCCAUUCUUUGAGUCCAUCACAUGGGAGAAUCUGCACCAGCAGACACCUCCAAAACUUACAGCUUAUUUGCCAGCCAUGUCAGAAGAUGAUGAAGACUGCUAUGGCAACUAUGACAAUCUCCUGAGUCAGUUUGGCUGCAUGCAGGUGUCAUCCUCCUCCUCUUCCCACUCCCUAUCUGCGGUGGAUACCAGCCUGCCCCAGAGGUCAGGCAGCAACAUAGAGCAGUACAUCCAUGAUUUGGACACUAACUCUUUUGAACUAGACUUACAGUUUUCAGAAGAUGAAAAAAGGUUGUUAUUGGAAAAGCAAGCCGGUGGAAACCCUUGGCACCAGUUUGUAGAAAAUAAUCUAAUAUUAAAAAUGGGCCCAGUGGAUAAGCGAAAGGGUUUAUUUGCAAGACGACGGCAGUUAUUACUCACGGAAGGGCCACAUUUAUAUUAUGUUGAUCCUGUCAACAAAGUCUUGAAAGGUGAAAUUCCAUGGUCACAAGAACUCCGACCAGAGGCCAAGAAUUUUAAAACGUUUUUUGUCCACACGCCUAACAGGACGUAUUACCUGAUGGAUCCAAGCGGGAAUGCUCACAAGUGGUGCAGAAAGAUCCAGGAGGUUUGGAGGCAGCGGUACCAGAGCCAUCCAGAUGCUGCUGUGCAGUGACGCGGCCUGCGGCCGGGCUGCCUAUCGCUGCCAGGACACCUGCCCCAGCGCGGCUCGGCCGCCACCCAGGACGCUUCCAGACCACCUGCCAGCCAUCUCAAGGAGAACAUGGAUGGUGGAAACCUUGCAGCUUUUUUAUUUAAAAGAAAAGAAAAAAAGAACCCAGCCACACAAAGAACAAAACAAAUAACCAACAAGCAGGAAUUCAGGGUCGCUUUGCUUGCUCUCUGUGCUUUGUGGUGGCUUCCAUGUGCUGCUGUGGCCAUGGAGACCCAGCUCCUUGCACGGUAGCUCAGCUUCUGCCCAGACCAGUGACCAGAUUUGGCAUCACCAGCCCCUCCUAGCAUCCACAGGAACUGCAUGCCUGCUUCUACCCUUCCCCACCUGAUAAACACAGCUCCUGCUGUAACUGAGGGACCGGGUGUAUCUGGCUCUCCUUCACCAGAGAGCCUCUUUACUCUGCUGGGUUGAUCACCAGCUCACUGUGGGUACAGGGCUCUUAGCUUGUGUGUGUACCUCCUUCCCUGAGUCCCUUAUAUGGCCCUAGAGAUGUGGUCAGGUAUGUUUCUGUGGUUCCUGCCCUACCAUAGGCAGGCUGAUGGUGAGAAGUAUGCAGGCUGCUGUGGUUACAGUCUGCUCUCAUUGGGCUCUGCUCUAGCAUUCCACUUCCUAGCACUUCAUCCAGAGAAUGAGACACUAAGCACGUGUCCAGCAGGGGUGCUGUCAUACCAGCACCUAGAUAACAUCAACUAGAUCACUAUCGGGUACAGAAUCCUGCCCUGACUUGGACAAGACUGGCGCUCCCAUGUGGAGGAGUGAUGUCCAGGCCUUCUUGGGAGUUUCUGCAUAGGUAUAAUGUGUAGGCCACAUGCUCUGUGAGACAGGGACUGAGAAAAUCCCGGGUUGUGUGCCAGUCUCCU